CAUGAACCGAGUGUAGGAGAAGAUGCAUUUGUGUUUUUGGGAUCCCUCAUUCCGCUCCCUGGGGAUAUCAUCAAUGGAAGAUUCACAUUCGAGACUUUAACUGCUCCUACGGGCCACCGCCUAUAUUUCCCUGCUUAUGAUAUGUUCCUCAAAGAAAUAGACAAGUGCAUGAGGCAUCUUCAAAAACAAGCUAUACCGAAAGGGGUUGAACUAGCGGACGAUGAAUUUAUAUUGCACGUGGAAGGGACGAUGGCUUCACAGAGAGUGGUUCGCCACAUCAAAGAAACUAGUUGGCCAGGUAAGCUUACUUUGACAAACUAUGCUCUUUACUUCGAAGCAGCCGGGAUUAUAAAUUAUGAAGAUGCUCUCAAAAUAGACCUUUCAAAGGAUACCGAGAGCUCCGUUAAACCUGUCUCCACCGGUCCAUGGGGCGCUCCUCUUUUCGACAAGGCCAUAAUUUAUGAAACUCCUGAACUGUAAGAAUCUCAUGCUUAAAAAUAAUUUUUAUUGUA